GCGAUAUCAGGAUAGAUUCGAAUCUACGCGUAUCAUUCGUGUAAAUCGGAUAAACGGAGAGUUUAUAAUUUCUGGGUGGGUAAAAAAAAAUGUGGAAGGGAACACUAUUUAAAAGAAGAACUCCGCAAUGUUAUCGCAUCAAUUGUUCAGAGAGCUUCAAUGGAGUUACAGCUACUGCUAAUUAUAAGUUCUCCGAGAAAAUAAAAUAUCUCAAGCUAUUACGUUCCAAUUCAGGCGUGCAAGAAACACAUUUUCUCAAACAUCGUCUAGGAUAUCUUCGAAAUCUCGCUACAUGCCGUAUCUCGAUGAGGAAAUAUGCAUUGACAUCUACAGCGUACAAAUUCCUGGAUAUUGGAAUCGUUGUGAGAUCUACAUUUCAUGUGCAAAUUGCGAUUGGCGAUAAUCAAGGCAAUCACAUGUUCAUACCUCAUGCGAGAGGUAUGAACAUGUGAUUGCCUUGCAAAUAUCGAGCGAUUAAUGUAGUCAGUCCCAUUAUCAUUAUCGAUUCAAAAUCUAAAUGUGGAACUUGUUAAAAUAUAUGAUACGAAUAACGAAAUGAAAUUAACAUUAAAUG